AUGAGGGUUCAUGCGGACAUGUGCCCUCAUCAUGGCCUGUAUAAUGAGGAGAAGACUAUGUGUUUAUGGUCAGAAAUUGUAGCAGGCUAUAAACUAAAUAAGAUGCUGAAGGCGUGCGAGCCUCUUUCUUUUAGAGAUUACUCUGAAUUGGAAGCUAGGUUCGUGAGAAGCACCAGCGAUUAUAAAAACCUGAGGAAGUAUGUAAAAAGAACUCAAAAUCAAUCGUGUAUUGAGAGCUCAGACGAUAACACUCUGAGCUCUAUCCCAGAAAAGGAAAAACCAGCGCAGAAAGCAGAAGUGAUAUGUGAAAUUGAACAUGGAGAAGUAGAGGAGAGUCCCAAUAUGGAGAUGGAUUGCGAGCUCCAGACAGUUGGAGAAGUGCUGAAGAAAGUUCAGGCAGCAAUGCCAGCAGAGUGGAAGACGGUGGCUUUGCUGCCGUUUGAAAUGCCAUAUGACGCAAACAUAUUUAUUGAUUUAUUCAAUAAAAUCAUGAUGAAUACUCAGGGCGUUAGCCUACAAAUUUAUCUUGACAAGUCCCGGUACGAUGCCGUAAAUAGGAGAGAUUCAGUACGCGGUGGUGGACGGGGGAGAAGAACUCAGCGCGGCAGGAAGCCACCGCGGAGCAAUUUCCUCCCUUCAGGAGGAGGCAGUAGCAGAGGCAACAGAGGCGGCAGAGGCAGAGGCAACAGAGGCGACAGCAGAGGCAACAGAGGCCACCAUGGUGGUCGUAGUCGAGGCCAGUCUGACCACAACCAAAGUGCCAAUGACCUUACAAAAGAAAAAUUUAAUUUAGCAUCGUCCAUUAUUAAAACACUAAUGAAUUUUACAUAA